CUAUACCUAUAGCUUGUGGGGUUGGUAAGACUUGGAAAUUGGUUACUCCCUAGGAGAUCAAUAGGGCUUUAUACAUCGCAUGACUUUGUAGUAUAAUUAAUUAGUAUACUGAUAAGUGAUAAUGUUUGUAUCAAUUAACAAAGCUUGCACUCAAACUAGUAAUGAAUAUAUAUAUAUAUAUAUAUAUAUAUAUAUAUAUAUAUAUAUAUAUGGUGGUGUAUUCGGUGCACCCACUUUUUCGGGUGCACUCAGUGCACCCGCCUCAUAAUUAUCAUUCUGAGCAUGCGAUUCAUAUCAAAACGGUAUCAAUUGUACCUUAUGAUAUUAUGAACAAGAAGCACAUAAAUUUGAAAAAAAUUCAUUCCAAAUUCACUUUAAUUCGAAGGAUUUAGGAUUAGGGAUUUAGGGUUAGGGUUUAGGUUUACAAUUAAGAAUUUUGGGUUGGGAUUCAAAAUUGAAGGUUAAGGGGAUAGGGUAAUGGAUUGAUUUGUUAUGAUUCUAUGUCAUAUCAUCAUAUUAUAUUGAGAGUACUAAUUAAAGUUCAAAAUCGAUGUAUUAUGGACGCUUUUAGAGUUGGGUGCACUGAGUGCACCCAAAAAAGUGAGUGCACCGAAGUAGCCACCAUAUAUAUAUAUAUAUAUGUACAAUGGACACAGAAGGAUUCCCCGUGGACCCGAUCCAUUGCAAUAAUCCAAACUGAUCGGAGACACAGAUGGGUUUGUUUUUCUGGUGAAUGGUUCCUGUUUGUCGCCACACCAACAUGCCUUUCAACAUCAUAUCGCUGCCGAUAUUAUUAUUUGUAAUGUUUGAUUUGUGGAAAUAAUUGGCUCUCGAUAAAUUUAAUUCAUUACUAGCAGGCAAUCUAGAAACUUAUUAUUAUUAUUAUUAUUAUUAUUAUUAUUAUUUAUGAAGAAGGUAUUGGUAUUAUUUGAUUGAGUGGGGAUCUUCCAUGACCAAGUGAGAUUGUGUUGAGAGAUCGAAUCGACGUGGAAAUUCGAAAAAAAUUUAGAUUUAUGUGUCUUUAUUUAUAGUUAUUUGCACCGUUAUUAUUUUGAGAUUGUUUGAGGUCAAUAUAUGUUUCUUCUUCUUGUAAUUUGUUUAGUAGUCUCGUACUCAUUUUCGAACCGUUCGCAACCAUCAAGAAGAGCUUCUACUCGAGAGUGUCGAACAAUCUGUUCUAAAAAGUCUGAAGAUCAAAGAUACAUACGCAUCGUCGAGCCCCCCUUGAACGCGGCGUAUACGUAACAUAUUGUGAUGGAAGAAGCUUAUUCGUAGAGAUAGCCUUUUUUUUUCUUUGCUUUAUCGUGCAAUCAGUUGACAUACGACUCGAGUCCAAAUAAGUCGAUGCAUUCCUUUGUUAAACGAUACAAGCGUCUCACCCAAUUUUAUCAUAUGAUCAAUUUUAGGCGACUCUCCGAACCUAUUAUAUGUUGUUCUUUCAGUAAGAGUACUAAGGAAAUAGUUAGUUAUGAACUACUUUCUCGUAGUUUCAUCAUUGAUGAUUAAGGUAUGGCAUCACAUUAAAGGAAGUGAAAAACUGACCAAUUUAUGGAUCUAAAGACAAUGCAUAGAAUGACUAAGCGCAUUUUAGACCUUAGACAGAUAACUGACGUUGAUCUCUCUCUCUCUCUCUCUCUUCCCAAAAGGCCAAAGCGCAUUAGAGACCUUCGACAGAUACUGGUGGGUUAUAAAAAAGGAGCCCAUGAACGACACAGAGAGACCAUAAUUCUUCAUAUUUUCUUUUGGUCCUUCUCUCUAAGAAAAGAAGAAUGGCCACUACUCCUGCUUCUUCUGCUUUCUCCUUCUCCUUUACCUUCUUUCUUCUGCUUUCUUUCAAGACUGCUAAUGGCGAUGUGAUUAAGGUUCAGCAGCAGCAGCUUCAUUUCCAUACAGUUCAGCUCUCGUCUCUGUUUCCUUCUGAUUCCUGCGACGUUUCUCCUUCAUCUUCUGAAACCCAAGACCUGAACAAGUUGCCAGUGUUCCACAAACAUGGGCCGUGUGCCCAGGCCCAACAACUCACCAGAUCCACCAACAACCACAAGCCCACCGCAGACGAAAUCCUCCGCCAGGACGAGUCCAGGGUCCAGACGAUCCAGUCCAGGUCCAGAAAGGCAGCAGCCGCCGCGGGCGGUGACGUCAUGGUGACGGACUCCACCACCAUCCCGGCCAAGGACGGCAGCACCGUCGGCUCCGGGAACUACAUCGUCACCGUCGGGCUCGGCACCCCGGCGAGGCAGCUCUCCCUCAUAUUCGACACGGGAAGUGACGUCACCUGGACCCAGUGCCAGCCGUGCGUGAGGUCAUGCUACCAGCAGCAGGAGAAGAUCUUCGACCCGUCCUCCUCCGCCUCGUACCGAAACGUUUCUUGCUCCGCCGCCUCCUGCUCCGCCCUCUCUUCCGCCACCGGGAACACGCCGGGUUGUUCUUCCUCGACUUGCGUGUACGGCAUCCAAUACGGCGACUCAUCAUUCUCCGUCGGAUUCUUCGGCACGGAGAAGCUCACACUGACAUCCACCGACGUCUUCGACAACUUCUUCUUCGGCUGCGGCCAAAACAACCAAGGAAACUUCGGCGGCGCCGCCGGGCUUUUGGGCUUGGGCCGUGACAAGCUCUCCCUCGUCUCCCAAACGGCCCAAAAGUACAACAAGCUCUUCUCCUACUGCCUCCCUUCCUCCUCCAGCGGCACCGGAUUCCUCACCUUCGGCGGCGCAGCCACCAAAUCGGUAAAAUACACUCCGAUCUCGUCCAUCGCCGGCGGAAGUAACUUCUACGGCCUCGACAUCACCGCCAUCAGCGUCGGCGGGAGGAAGUUGUCAGUAUCCGCCACCGUGUUCUCCACUGCCGGCGCCAUCAUAGAUUCCGGCACCGUGAUUACUCGUCUCCCGCCUGCGGCGUACUCGGCGCUCCGGUCGGCAUUCCGGCAGCAGAUGUCGCGGUACCCACUUGGCCAGGCGCUGUCGAUCCUGGACACGUGCUACGAUUUGAGCAAGUACAAGACCGUAUCGGUGCCGAAGGUCGGGUUCUUGUUCGCCGGCGGGACGGAGGUGGACAUCGAGGCGGUGGGGAUUCUGUACGCGAACUCGCCGUCGCAGGUGUGCCUGGCGUUCGCCGGAAAUGGGGACGCGAGUGAUAUUGGGAUACUGGGGAACGUGCAGCAGCAGACGCUGGAGGUGGUUUACGACGGCGCCGGCGGGAGGGUUGGGUUCGCCAGCGGCGGGUGUAGCUGAGGAAUCGAUGCGACGUCGUGUUGGACUCGAUUGAAGUAGAAUUUGGGGAAUUGAAGAAUGUUUGUUAUUAUGGUAUAUAGGGAAAGCAAAUUAAGGUAAUGGGGAAAGCAAUUGGGGAAAAGACCUCAAAGCUUUACUCAUACGUUACCAUAUAGUCAUGGAUUUUCUUGCUUUGGAAGAAAGAAUGAAUAGCAAAAGGAAAAAUGUGCAAUAGCACUACGCAUGUACCUAGUUGAUUUGCAGAAAUGUGAAUAUGAAUUUAUGGUUGUCUUACAUCUAUAUUUUUUCUCUUUUUCUACCUCCUUUGGUUUAUGAUACCAACAAACUGAUCAUUUCACC